AUGAUCCUACUUGAACCUCGUGAUGGCCUCUUUCAGCGGGACUAUGGUCACCCGUACCUGUCCUCGCGAGGUGCUCAGGAAAUGGCUGUGAGCAUCAUCUUCACGAUGUUAGCUAGCUGCUUCGUCGCCGCCAGACUAUAUACGCGGAUAAGUCUGAUGAAACGCAUGGAGAAAAAUGACUGGAUGGUGGUGAUUGCACUUGCAAACUCGUUCAUCUUCAUGGGCUUGGACAUUGUUGAAGCAACCAGUGGCAUGGGUAUGCACAUAAAACUGAUCCCACCGAACAUCCUAGAGAGGCAAAUGAAGGCUUUCUGGCUCACCAUCCCCUUCUACAAUGCCGCCGUUCUGUGUGCCAAAGCCUCAAUCCUAAUGCAAUAUCUUCGCGUGUUCCCCACGCACCGCAUGCGCGUCAUCUGCUGGACCAUGAUCGCUAUCCUGGCCAUCUACGGCACCUGGGCCGUAAUCAGCGCAUUCCUGAAUUGCCUCCCGGUCGCCAAGUUCUGGGAUGACUCCAUCCCGGGCUUCUGUCUCAGCAAGCCUGGUCUGUGGUUCUCUAAUGCGAGCAUGCAUAUCACUACCGACUUCGCUAUUCUGAUGAUUCCCAUCCCGGCACUGAUGGCUAUUGACUUGCCGCGGAAACAGAAGAUUGCACUCAUGGUUAUGUUUGCUCUGGGCGGCUUUGUCUGCGUCACCAGUAUCGUUCGCCUGACUGCGUUGAAGAAGAUCGCCGAUUCUUCAGAUCCAACCUACGACAACGUCGGCGCGGCGUCCUGGUCCGCCAUCGAAUGCAACACAGGGAUCAUCUGUGCCUGUCUGCCAACCCUCAAGCCGCUUCUCGCCCGCCUGUUCCCGCACAUGACCGCCAGCUUUUUUGACAGCCAGCCUACUUAUGACAGCCAUAGUAUGUCAGUGCGGCACAUUUCCGGGCAGUGGCACGACGAUGCAUCGCUAGGUGCACCCGCCGAGGACCCGGAGUAUGGAGCCGGCGAUCCAGAGAGGCUGUUGACUUUGACGCCCAGCCGCAACUUCAACUGUGGCCGAAGCAGCUGGUACAAAGAUGAGAAGAGCCGCGAUACCAAGAUGCCUGUCGUUCAUGAGCAGAGGGACGACAAUCACUCCGCGUCGUCGGACUUGUCUUCUUCGCCUCGUAAAUGA